GGCUCACAUUCACUCUCACCUCACCUGCCCUCGUUUCUUCCGUCCCCUACACACCUACCCGAGGAAGAGGAGGAGGUGGGGUGGCCAUGGCGGCGGCGGAGAAGACGAAGCCCGUUCUUUACAGCGAGUGGAUGAGCUCGUGCUCCUACAGGGUCCGGAUCGCCCUCAACCUCAAAGGUAUUGAUUAUGAGUACAGGGCAGUGACACGGGGUGAUCCAGAUUAUGGGAAGAUCAAUCCAAUUAAGUAUGUGCCAGCAUUAGUAGAUGGGGAUUUCACUAUUUCUGAUUCUCUAGCAAUCAUAUUGUAUCUUGAAGACAAAUAUCCCCAGCAUCCUCUUUUACCUCAAGAUCUAAAAAAGAAAGCUCUUAACAUGCAGAUUGCAAAUAUCGUGUGUUCAAGCAUCCAACCUCUUCAAUGCUAUGCUGUAAUUGGUUUAGCUGAUGGCAAAAUGAGCGCCAACGAGAGCCUUCAGAUAGUUCAGCAUUACACUGACAAGGGAUUUAGAGCAAUUGAAAAACUUCUGGAAGGAUGUCGCAGUAAAUAUGCUACUGGAGAUGAAGUCCAAUUGGCGGAUGUGUUUCUAGCGCCCCAGAUUCACGCAGGAAUAACACGUUUCCAAAUUGAUAUGUCAAAAUAUCCAAUUCUGGCGAGAUUUUACAAGGCCUAUAUGGAACUUCCAGCAUUUCAAGCUGCUGUCCCUGAAAACCAACCAGAUGCACCUUCAUCCUGAUAAUUGAAGGGUGCUGCUCCAUCAAGAUGCCUGCGGUAAUCAAUGGAAGUCUGCAUUUCUGCAAGUCUCCAUGAAGUAUACCCACGACAUCAUGCAUUUCAAGCUGCACAUCCUCAAAACCAACCAGAUGCACCUCUAUCCCAAUAAUCAGGAUUCCAAGCGAGCCGUAUACAUUGAUAUUCAUGUAACUUUUACUUAAAAAAUUGGAUGAGUAGUCUCCAGUGCCAUACAUGUAAUUUCAGUGUAAAAUGUUCAGUGUAAACAAGAUAGUGGGACAUGAAUUACCUGUGACCCACAACAUUAUCCAUCCAGUACUCCAGUACCUAGGGAUAUGGUAUUGUUGUAUAUGUAAUUGAUGAUGCACUGUCUGAACUUCAGAUGCAGUAUGUGAUUAGUCCACUGAUGAUGCACAUACGUAUGCACUGACGUAAGCAGAAUUGAAUGUUGGUACACAUGUAAACACCUCAACUAUUACUGAAUAAACUCUCAUACUGGCCUGAAGGGUUAAA